AUGGAUGAAUUUCUGAAACUCGUAAUUCUCCAUAGUGGUGAGAUCGUUGAUCCAGAGCUUAGUGUCUAUGAAGGAGGCCUGAUAUCUGAAUUGUCAGUAGAUGUUGAUAGGUGGAGUUAUUUCGAGUUAAUUGGUGUAUUGAAAGACUUAGGUUAUACAGACAAUGUAAAGAAAAUAUAUUACAAAGAACAGAAUCAAUGUCUCUGCUAUAUCGGUAAAUCUACAAAGAAGAAAAGUGCUCCAAUUAACUUUGAAGCUCUCAAGCGAUACAGGUAUAAAGGCGGGCCUUCAGUCUUAAAGGUACCUCCACCUAAAGAAGAUGACACAAAGAAAUAUUGGUCCUGGUCCAGUGGAAAAGAAAAGUGUAUCAACAAGGAAGUUAAAGAAAUGUAUGAAGAGCGGAAGAAAACAAGAUAG